AUGGACUUAUAUCACUAUCUCUUUAAAUUCAUUAUUGUUGGAGAUACAAGUGUCGGCAAGAGUUGUCUUCUCCUCAAAUACACAGAAGGCAAAUUUAAGGAAGAACACGAUGCCACUAUUGGUGUAGAAUUUGGAUCUUAGGCAUUCAAAUAUAAGAAUAAGCAAUUUAAAAUAUAAAUAUGGGAUACAGCUGGUCAAGAAUCGUUUAGAUCAAUCACUCGAUCCUAUUACAAGGGAUCGAUUGGUGUUUUGCUAGUCUUCGAUAUUACAAAUCGAUAGUCAUUCCAUAACAUUGUCAGGUGGUACAAUGAGAUAUUGGAUUGUGCUCACGAAUACGUGGACAUAGUUAUUGUUGGCAAUAAAAUCGAUCUGGAGAACGAACGCUAAGUUUCUGCAGACGAAGGGAGACUAUUUGCAGAACAACAUAGAAUACACUAUAUUGAGACAUCAGCUAAAACUGGAUAGUAUGUUGACUCCGUGUUUUAAUAAAUGGCAAUGCGAAUCUAUGAAAAGAUAGAAAACAAAUUAGUAGACUAGAACAAUGAAAAUUUAGGUAUUAAAUUAGGCACAUUUUACAGAAAUGAUGAAGAUGAUGAUAAAGAAUUGUAAACAAGUUUAGGAUAAAAGAAGAAGAAAAAAAAUGAUGAUUGUUGUUGA